AUGGCUGAAGGCGAGGACGACUUCUCCUCUCUGCCGCUACCCGAGCGCUUCGCUCACAAGAACUGGAAAGUACGGAAGGAAGGAUACGAGGAUGCCAAAGCACAAUUCGAAAAGUCUCCUGAUGAAUCAGACCCUGUGUUCACGCCGUUCCUACAAGAUCCUGGGCUGUGGAAAGGGGCGGUUGCAGACUCCAAUGUAGCUGCGCAAGUGGAGGGUCUAGGGUCUUACUGUGCUUUCUUAAAAUUCGGUGGACAACAAGCAUGCGCAAGGACUCGACCUCAUACAAUCGGGCCGAUCGCGGAAAAAGGCCUCCCCUGCGCCAGACCAGCAGGUAAAGCAAGUGCCCAGGAAGCCCUCCUAUUAAGCGUCGAACUCGACUCAGCCGACCCCGUCCUUGAAGACCUUCUACCUGUCCUCUCCCAUAAAGUACCCAAGACGAUCGCCGGUGCUCUCUCGGCAUUGACAACGCUUUAUCACAACUUCGGAUGCAAGAUUGUGGACCCAAAACCGACACUGAAAGCGCUUCCGAAAGUGUUCGGUCACGCUGACAAGAAUGUCCGAGCCGAAGCACAGAACUUGACGGUGGAGUUAUAUCGAUGGCUCCGGGAAGCUAUCAAGCCCCUCUUCUGGGCCGACCUGAAGCCAGUGCAGCAAGGUGACUUGGAAAAGCUUUUCGAGAACGUGAAGCAAGAAGCCCCGCCCAAGCAAGAGCGAUUCACCCGGGCGCAGCAGGAUGCUAUGGCCACAGCCAGUGCGACCCCCGGGGGCGGUGAUGGAGGGGAUGACCAAGGUGGUGAGGAAUUCGCCGAAGAGGAAGCAGAAGAGGUGGAUGUAUUUGAUCUGGCUGAGCCUGUCGACGUGAUGCCUAAAAUCCCCAAGGAUCUCCACGACCAGCUCGGCUCAUCAAAAUGGAAGGACCGCAAAGAAGCAUUGGACGCUCUUUAUACUGCCAUUAAUGUGCCCCGCAUAAAGGAUGGUCCUUACGAUGAGAUUGUGAGGGCUUUGGCCAAGUGCAUGAAAGACGCCAACAUUGCCGUUGUCACAGUGGCUGCCAACUGUGUUGAUCUACUGGCAAAGGGCCUACGCAAUGGCUUCAUGAAAUAUCGAUCGACUAUCAUGGCACCUAUGCUGGAACGAUUGAAGGAAAAGAAGCAGUCCGUGGCAGACGCUCUGGGUCAGGCAUUGGAUGCGGUCUUCUCAUCAACGGAUCUCUCAGACUGUCUGGAGGAAAUCCUUGAAUUCCUCAAGCACAAAAAUCCUCAGGUGAAGCAGGAGACUCUCAAGUUCCUGAUCCGCUGUCUUCGCACGACCCGCACUGUACCAUCUAAGCCAGAUAUCAAGGCAAUCGCUGAUGCAGGUACCAAAGCAAUGACAGAGUCCACCGAGGCUCUCCGGUCUGGGGGUGCAGAGAUUCUCGGUACACUGAUGAAGAUCUUGGGCGAAAGGGCCAUGAAGCCAUACCUUGAUGGAUUGGACGAGAUUCGAAAGACCAAGAUCAAGGAGUACUUUGAGACUGCUGAGGUGAAGGCCAAGGACCGACCCAAGCCGAUCGUGGCUCCUCCCAAGCCCGCCGCGCCCGCUGCUAGAAAAGCAGCUCCGGGGAAGAAGCCUGCUCUGGGAAUGAAGAAACCAGCGCCCGCGGUCGCCGCUCCGCCUCCAGUUGAAGAGGCUCCAGCCAAGCCAGCCGCCAGGGCGAUCCCCUCCAAGCUUGGAAAGCCCGGCCUUGCUCCUCCUGGAGCGGGCCUCAAGCUCCAGCGCAAGCUCGGUGGUCCAGGAGGUAUUGCGUCCCCUGGACGACGAGUCGUCUCUCCACCGACAGAAGAAGCAGCACCUCCACCCGCUGCCCCCAAGUUUGGUCUUGGACGUGGCCUUGCUGGCCGUCCAAUUGCCAAGCCUGCUGCCCCUGCCGAACCAGCCCCACCCCCUGCUCCAGCAGUGAGCGCAAUGUCGGCAGCAGAUCGUGCCGAGUUGGACGAGCUCCGAGCAGAAAAAGAAAGAUUUGUUCGAACAAUCGAAGAUCUGAAGACCGAGCGUUCCAAGUUCAAUUCGCAGAUUACAGAGCUGCAGAAUCAGAACGCACAGUUGAUUGAGGACCAUACCAGGGACGUAUUAAGCAUCAAGGCCAAGGAGACACAGCUGGUUCGCGCACGGAGCGAUGCCGAAGCCGCUGAGCAAAAUGUUCAAAAACAGCAACGCGAGAUCGAAAGGUUGAAGCGUGAGCUAGCACGAGCGCUUCGCGCAUCAGCAAUGAGCCCGCCCAACGCCGGGUCAGAAGCUGGCAGCCUCGGUAUUCCAGAUUCUACCUCUGUCUACCAGGAAUCUGCCAGCAACGGACAUAUUGCGCGCUCAGGUCUUCACCUUGGAUCUCGAUUUGAGAGCACACGUCCACGAAGCUAUGCCUCAGCCAGCCCAAGUGAGGAGAAGGAAAACAACGGUCUUGAGUCGCCAGGAGGAUUUGGCAGCCGAGAUGCUGGCUUGGGUUUGGGCCGACGCAAGCUCAGCCCUACCUAUGGUCUUUCUGGAAUUGGAAGCCCAACACGAUCAUCUCGGGGUUCUCUCCAUGGAACCGAGGACGAAGGUGCGCCUCGGUCUUCAGAGCCUGCCGAAAAUUGGAAGCGUGCCGCAGAGGUGACAAGUCAGCUGAAGGCGAGAAUUGAACAAAUGAAGGCUCGUCAAGGGCUGUCACGACCACCCGCACAACGUUAA